CUGACACAUCAGUUAAACUAAAUGAAAGUAUUCAGACUUCUAUGACUAUUUGAUGUUUGAUUUCCUGUGACUGAAUUUUAUGCAAUCAUCACACAACAGCAUUAUGGCAGUAAAACACAAACCAAUCUGUGCUGUAAAUAAAGUGACAGACAUAAAUAUAUAUCGGUUUUAUAUUCACUGGAGCUAGUGUGUCUUUUUUUCAUCCAAAGUUGUGUAUAAAAAGCAAAAUUAAAAAAGAGCUAAUGGACAAAAAUAGAGCUCCUUCAACCACAGAAAAACCUUCCUCCAUCUCAUGUUCCUCUGUGGAAGAGCUGGGAUGCAUUCACGGCUUGUUUUUGCUGCCACCAAGUGGACAAAAAACGCCUAACAACUAACGCGUGAUUAUUUGCAGGUGUGAAGCGAGUGUGGAGAUAAAUACAUGCAGAUUAAGCCUAGAAAGAGUCUGGUUUCUCCCCUUGGCAGCUGCACAGAUCUUGACAUGUUUCAGAGCCUGAUUUUCACAGUGCUAUCACAUUGACCUCUACAAUGUCGCAUUUGGACCAGCACUGGGAGCUGUGGAAGAGGACUCAUAACAAGCUGUAUGCUCAUCAGAUUGAAGAGUUGGGUCGCAGACGGUUAUGGGAACAGAAUCUGGAAAUGAUAAAUGUCCAUAACUUGGAGACUUCCCUUGGCUUGCACACCUAUGAGCUGGGAAUGAACCACCUGGGGGACCUGACCACUGAGGAGAUCACGUCAUCUCUCGUAGGAACUGUUGUACCAUCAGAGCUGGAGCGGGUUCCUUAUGGAUUCCUCAAGGUCAACAAAUCUCUGCCAGCUUCACUGGAUUGGAGAGAUAGCGGGCUGGUGACAUCAGUAAAAUCACAGGGUGCUUGUGGUUCUAGCUGGGCAUUUAGUUCAGUUGGUGCCCUGGAGGGGCAACUAAAAAAGACUAUAGGCAUCUUGAUGUCCCUCAGUCCUCAGAAUCUUGUGGAUUGUUCUUCAAAAUAUGGCAACUAUGGCUGCAGAGGCGGAUUCAUGACAAAUGCCUUCCAGUACGUUAUCAACAACCAAGGCAUUAGCUCUGAUGCUGCGUAUCCCUACAUUGGUAGACGAGGUCAGUGCAAGUACGACCCAACAUAUCGGGCAGCUAACUGCUCAGGGUAUCGCUUCUUGCCAAAAGGUGAUGAGUUUGCCUUGAAGAUGGCCCUGGCAAACAUCGGCCCCAUUGCUGUUGCUAUUGAUGCUUCAAGGCCAAAAUUUCUCUUCUACAGUCAUGGUGUCUACAAAGACCAUUCAUGCUCUCACAAUGUAAACCAUGGAGUCCUGGCUGUAGGAUAUGGCACUGAAAAUGGAGAGGACUAUUGGCUAAUCAAAAACAGUUGGGGUACAACCUAUGGAGACGAAGGAUAUAUCAAAAUGGCUCGUAACAGGAACAACCAGUGUGGAGUCGCCCUCUAUGCAUGUUUUCCCAUUAUGUGACCAAUAAACUUUAUGAAUAUUUUUUGAGUUG